AUGGCGAAGUCCAGAUGGUCAAAAGACGAUUUGGAAAGUGCCUUUGAAGAAUUUCUAAAGACAUCAUUCUCAUCAGAAGACGACACAGAGAAGAUCAAACAACUGCUAAAAUCACCAGCAAAAGCCAAAAGCAGCAGUGUUAAUUCUACAUCUUUAUGGUGGGAUAAAGAUUCAGUAGAUGACAGCGUUGGUAAAGGUAAAGGCAGAAGUUUCCUGAAGACCAAGAAUUCUGCAAAAUCAUCACAUGAAACCGACAACAAAACCACCACAAAAGGAAAGAGUGUAACCUCUAAAUAUUUACUUCAAAAUAAGCCGGCAUUGUCACCAACAAAGUCUGGAGACAAAGAGCUGCAAAAGUCAAAGCGGCAGCCAGCAUCUAGUAAAACCAGAACAUCAAAAUCCAAAACUGAUACAUCAGGGAGCAAGGACAACUUAGAAGAUACCAGCAAUGAAGGAGCAGAGUCCAGCAGAAACAAUGACAAUCAAGGAUUUGACACACUGGAUGAGCUCGCAGACAAAGAAAGGUUUUUCCAGGAGCUGGAGAAUGAGCAUAAUGGUACAGUUGAUUACGGCAGACUUAACCACGACCUCAGUCAGACCGGUGGCACCAGGGCUGAUAACUCCGUACUCACUGGCCUGGGUGAACAUGACACAACACCAGCAAAACAGCAGAAUUUAGAUGAUCUGCAGUGCUCACCUCAGAAGCCAAGCAUGUUGUCACGAGUUGCACUGCUGGACUCACUGGAGUCAACGUUUAACACUACCCAGUCACCAAAAAUGGCCAAUUCCAGAGACACUACACAGGAUAAUUUAGGUGCCACCUUACCAGAAUCACUGAGAAAUCCAACAGUUUCAGGUUUUAUGGGCACAAACACUAGUCGAGAAAUGGAGGACUUACAGGAAGUGCUGCAGGUGGCUGAUGGAACAUCAACCAUUUAUGGUGAGGACUCACGCCCACAAACUGGCAAAAAAAGCUACCAAACCACAACCACUGAGAAGCGAGAAGAUGAAGUAAGCAUCAGUGACAUUCUGAAAAAGAUGGAUGCUAUUGAACAAAGAGAAAGGGAGAUUGAAAACAGGAGUGAGGAUGUUCAGCUUCGAUCAAACUAUACCACACGCAGAAGUCCUCGUUCUCCAGAUGAUGAUCUCAGCAGAUUCGAUUCCUCACAUACUGACAACACUGAGAUAUAUCAACCAAUCACAGCAGUG